AUUCCUAAUUCAAGGGCAGGACAGAAUCUCAGCCAGUUGAACGGUAACAGAUCUCACAAGGGGGACGCGGGGUAUCACGUGACUCUCCAAUAAAGGACAUGGUGUCCUUUGUGACUCAUUCGUGGAGUGCCGUCACGCAACGCCCAGUUACUAGUCCUCCGCGACGUUUGUUGAACUACCAACCAUGGAUGCGGAUAGCUCUGUGAAUGACUGGACUAGUGACGAAGCGAGCGAGUCUCCGCCUAGCGACUUUCCCGAUGACGAUGACCAGUCUCGACGAGUAGCCCUGACCCGGAAGAGCCAGCUGAGACCUGCUGGGCUGGGCCUUGCCUUUGUCCCUUACGCCGACUGGAGACCUACGCUGCCCUACAACGAACAGCCGCCCGAGUGCAUACGCUAUAACGUGGAAUGGAAGUUAUCGGUGAAUAACAGGCAGAGAUCGGGUGAAUCGGAACCGGGUGUGGUAAUAUCGCCACAAAGGUUCUGGAAACAUGUCCUUCGAUCGAAGAAGCCGCCCCCCAAGCCUUGGGGCUCUACCGAAACGAAGAUUGUGCUAUCUGUGACCGAUCGAAAAACGGGCAGUAUAACCAAGCGAUUUCCAGAACUGAAGGUUGACUGGUCAUAUGUGGCGAAGCAGCUACAAGACUGGAGCCACUUCUUGCGUGACGGCAAAAAGCUAUCGGCCCAAGUUGUAUUCUACUACGAGGAAUGUGGCAAGACGGCACCCGCAGCCAGAGGGGCGACUGCUACUCAACUUGCCGAGACUAACGCCCGAAAUGAUGCUGAGGUAGCCGUAUUGGGCCGGCCAGAUAGCUGGAGGGAAGUUAUCGCCCUUGUUCGCUGUCCGGGACCGCCGUGCGACAAAGGCCCAUACUGCUGGCAGGACGGGCAAAGGCACUAUAAACUGCUAGGUCAUCACUUGAAGAUCCUAGUGGAUGAGGCACAGAAGGGUCACAGCAUGCGAACACAUGAUGACAUACCGGAACGUGUCCGACAGGAGCUAUACGCCGAAGAACAACAACAAGGGGAGCGUAAACGCAAGAGACAGUGUCGGGACUCAGGCAGUCGCUCUGCUAGCCCCCCGGUAAUUCACAUUCACAACAUUCCAAGUGACGCGGAUGCCACCCGGUAUGGGACUGAAAUUCCAUCUACACCUGAGAUGGUGUUUUCAACGUCGCCUACCUUUGACUUCCAGGCGUUGAGAGAUGAUACAGUCAAAGCAUACGUUGCAUGGCAGAGAUCGAAGAUCGGGUGUCAAGAACAGGAGGGCCAUUUUAACCAGGUCCAAGAGUUGACCCUGGACCAUGGCCUUGACCUUGACCUUGACAUGGUGUACACGAAUCGAGGGAGAUACUACCGGUUCUACAAGGAGUAUGGCGUACUGGAAGGUGUGGCAUGGCGUUUCGUUUGUGAUAUUAAGUGUUUUAUGACACUGCACAACACAGCAGAGACUAUAGCGAACUUGCUACGUACAGAUGCAUGGCAAUGA